AUGUGUACUGUGCACGUUCAACGCACCAUGCGCACUGGGGCGGAUGGUGGUGCAGGGCUGUAUGUGUACUGUGCACAUUCAACGCACCAUGCGCACUGGGGCGGAUGGUGGUGCAGGGCUGUAUGUGUACUGUGCACAUUCAACGCACCGUGCGCACUGGGGCGGAUGGUGGUGCAGGGCUGUAUGUGUACUGUGCACAUUCAACGCACCAUGCGCACUGGGGCGGAUGGUGGUGCAGGGCUGUAUGUGUACUGUGCACGUUCAACGCACCAUGCGCACUGGGGCGGAUGGUGGUGCAGGGCUGUAUGUGUACUGUGCACAUUCAACGCACCAUGCGCACUGGGGCGGAUGGUGGUGCAGGGCUGUAUGUGUACUGUGCACGUUCAACGCACCAUGCGCACUGGGGCGGAUGGUGGUGCAGGGCUGUAUGUGUACUGUGCACGUUCAACGCACCAUGCGCACUGGGGCUGUAUUCACCUCAUCACCGACCUCCUCCGCUCCACCGCAUCCCCCACUCCGCUCCACUCUCUCUCCACCCCUUCCCCCCGGUGUCACCCCUUCCCCCCGGUGUCACCCCUUCCCCCCGGUGUCACCCCUUCCCCCCGGUGUCACCCCUUCCCCCCGGUGUCACCCCUUCCCCCCGGUGUCACCCCUUCCCCCCGGUGUCACCCCUUCCCCCCGGUGUCACCCCUUCCCCCCGGUGUCACCCCCUUCCCCCCGGUGUCACCCCUUCCCCCGGUGUCACCCCUUCCCCCCGGUGUCACCCCUUCCCCCCGGUGUCUCCCCUUCCCCCCGGUGUCACCCCUUCCCCCCGGUGUCACCCCUUCCCCCCGGUGUCACCCCUUCCCCCCGGUGUCACCCCUUCCCCCCGGUGUCUCCCCUUCCCCCCGGUGUCACCCCUUCCCCCGGUGUCACCCCUUCCCCCCGGUGUCUCCCCUUCCCCCCGGUGUCACCCCUUCCCCCCGGUGUCACCCCUUCCCCCGGUGUCACCCCUUCCCCCCGGUGUCACCCCUUCCCCCCGGUGUCUCCCCUUCCCCCCGGUGUCACCCCUUCCCCCCGGUGUCUCCCCUUCCCCCCGGUGUCACCCCUUCCCCCCGGUGUCACCCCUUCCCCCCGGUGUCACCCCUUCCCCCCUUUGUCUCCCCUUCCCCCCGGUGUCUCCCCUUCCCCCCGGUGUCACCCCUUCCCCCCGGUGUCACCCCUUCCCCCCGGUGUCACCCCUUCCCCCCGGUGUCACCCCUUCCCCCCGGUGUCACCCCUUCCCCCCGGUGUCUCCCCUUCCCCCCGGUGUCACCCCUUCCCCCCGGUGUCACCCCUUCCCCCCGGUGUCACCCCUUCCCCCCGGUGUCACCCCUUCCCCCCGGUGUCACCCCUUCCCCCCGGUGUCACCCCUUCCCCCCGGUGUCACCCCUUCCCCCCGGUGUCACCCCUUCCCCCCGGUGUCACCCCUUCCCCCCGGUGUCUCCCCUUCCCCCCGGUGUCACCCCUUCCCCCCGGUGUCACCCCUUCCCCCCGGUGUCACCCCUUUCCCCCGGUGUCUCCCCUUCCCCCCGGUGUCACCCCUUCCCCCCGGUGUCACCCCUUCCCCCCGGUGUCACCCCUUCCCCCCGGUGUCACCCCUUCCCCCCGGUGUCUCCCCUUCCCCCCGGUGUCACCCCUUCCCCCCGGUGUCACCCCUUCCCCCCGGUGUCACCCCUUCCCCCCUUUGUCUCCCCUUCCCCCCGGUGUCUCCCCUUCCCCCCGGUGUCACCCCUUCCCCCCGGUGUCACCCCUUCCCCCCGGUGUCACCCCUUCCCCCCGGUGUCACCCCUUCCCCCCGGUGUCACCCCUUCCCCCCGGUGUCUCCCCUUCCCCCCGGUGUCACCCCUUCCCCCCGGUGUCACCCCUUCCCCCCGGUGUCACCCCUUCCCCCCGGUGUCACCCCUUCCCCCCGGUGUCACCCCUUCCCCCCGGUGUCACCCCUUCCCCCCGGUGUCACCCCUUCCCCCCGGUGUCACCCCUUCCCCCCGGUGUCACCCCUUCCCCCCGGUGUCUCCCCUUCCCCCCGGUGUCACCCCCUUCCCCCCGGUGUCACCCCUUCCCCCCGGUGUCACCCCUUCCCCCCGGUGUCUCCCCUUCCCCCCGGUGUCACCCCCUUCCCCCCGGUGUCUCCCCUUCCCCCCGGUGUCACCCCUUCCCCCCGGUGUCACCCCUUCCCCCCGGUGUCUCCCCUUCCCCCCGGUGUCACCCCUUCCCCCCGGUGUCACCCCUUCCCCCCGGUGUCACCCCUUCCCCCCGGUGUCACCCCUUCCCCCCGGUGUCUCCCCUUCCCCCCGGUGUCACCCCUUCCCCCCGGUGUCUCCCCUUCCCCCCGGUGUCACCCCUUCCCCCCUUUGUCUCCCCUUCCCCCCGGUGUCUCCCCUUCCCCCCGGUGUCACCCCUUCCCCCCGGUGUCACCCCUUCCCCCCGGUGUCACCCCUUCCCCCCGGUGUCACCCCUUCCCCCCGGUGUCACCCCUUCCCCCCGGUGUCUCCCCUUCCCCCCGGUGUCACCCCUUCCCCCCGGUGUCACCCCUUCCCCCCGGUGUCACCCCUUCCCCCCGGUGUCACCCCUUCCCCCCGGUGUCACCCCUUCCCCCCGGUGUCACCCCUUCCCCCCGGUGUCUCCCCUUCCCCCCAGUGUCACCCCUUCCCCCCGGUGUCUCCCCUUCCCCCCGGUGUCUCCCCUUCCCCCCGGUGUCUCCCCUUCCCCCCGGUGUCUCCCCUUCCCCCCGGUGUCACCCCUUCCCCCCGGUGUCACCCCUUCCCCCCGGUGUCUCCCCUUCCCCCCGGUGUCACCCCUUCCCCCCUUUGUCUCCCCUUCCCCCCGGUGUCUCCCCUUCCCCCCGGUGUGACCCCUUCCCCCCGGUGUCACCCCUUCCCCCCGGUGUCACCCCUUCCCCCCGGUGUCACCCCUUCCCCCCGGUGUCACCCCUUCCCCCCGGUGUCUCCCCUUCCCCCCGGUGUCACCCCUUCCCCCCGGUGUCACCCCUUCCCCCCGGUGUCACCCCUUCCCCCCGGUGUCACCCCUUCCCCCCGGUGUCACCCCUUCCCCCCGGUGUCACCCCUUCCCCCCGGUGUCUCCCCUUCCCCCCAGUGUCACCCCUUCCCCCCGGUGUCUCCCCUUCCCCCCGGUGUCUCCCCUUCCCCCCGGUGUCUCCCCUUCCCCCCGGUGUCUCCCCUUCCCCCCGGUGUCACCCCUUCCCCCCGGUGUCACCCCUUCCCCCCGGUGUCACCCCUUCCCCCCGGUGUCACCCCUUCCCCCCGGUGUCACCCCUUCCCCCCGGUGUCACCCCUUCCCCCCGGUGUCACCCCUUCCCCCCGGUGUCUCCCCUUCCCCCCGGUGUCACCCCUUCCCCCCGGUGUCACCCCUUCCCCCCGGUGUCUCCCCUUCCCCCCGGUGUCACCCCUUCCCCCCGGUGUCACCCCUUCCCCCCGGUGUCUCCCCUUCCCCCCGGUGUCACCCCUUCCCCCCAGUGUCUCCCCUUCCCCCCGGUGUCACCCCUUCCCCCCGGUGUCACCCCUUCCCCCCGGUGUCACCCCUUCCCCCCUUUGUCUCCCCUUCCCCCCGGUGUCUCCCUUCCCCCCGUGUCACCCUUCCCCCGGUGUCACCCCUUCCCCCCGGUGUCACCCCUUCCCCCCGGUGUCACCCCUUCCCCCGGUGUCACCCCUUCCCCCCGGUGUCACCCCUUCCCCCCGGUGUCUCCCCUUCCCCCCGGUGUCACCCCUUCCCCCCGGUGUCACCCCUUCCCCCCGGUGUCACCCCUUCCCCCCGGUGUCACCCCUUCCCCCCGGUGUCACCCCUUCCCCCCGGUGUCACCCCUUCCCCCCGGUGUCACCCCUUCCCCCCGGUGUCACCCCUUCCCCCCGGUGUCACCCCUUCCCCCCGGUGUCACCCCUUCCCCCCGGUGUCACCCCUUCCCCCCGGUGUCUCCCCUUCCCCCCGGUGUCACCCCUUCCCCCCGGUGUCUCCCCUUCCCCCCGGUGUCUCCCCUUCCCCCCGGUGUCUCCCCUUCCCCCCGGUGUCUCCCCUUCCCCCCGGUGUCACCCCUUCCCCCCGGUGUCACCCCUUCCCCCCGGUGUCACCCCUUCCCCCCGGUGUCACCCCUUCCCCCCGGUGUCACCCCUUCCCCCCGGUGUCUCCCCUUCCCCCCGGUGUCACCCCUUCCCCCCGGUGUCUCCCCUUCCCCCCGGUGUCACCCCUUCCCCCCGGUGUCACCCCUUCCCCCCGGUGUCUCCCCUUCCCCCCGGUGUCUCCCCUUCCCCCCGGUGUCACCCCUUCCCCCCGGUGUCUCCCCUUCCCCCCGGUGUCUCCCCUUCCCCCCGGUGUCUCCCUCUCUCUCGCCUUCUCCUCCUGUCUCCUUCUCGCUCCGGCUCCCCCUCUCUCCCCGUUUUCCCCGUUCUUUACCUCCCCCUCUCUUCUCUUCUCCAGGAGAUUCAAAAGAUUUUGGUGUUUCAAGGGGCAUUCGAGCGAGCGCUCAACAUCAUUCGAGACGAGGGAGGGGCGGAUGGGGGCAUCGUAGAGAUUCAAAAGAUAGUGGUAUUCGAGGGCGCCUUUGAGAGAGCGCUCAACAUCAUCCGAGACGAGGGGGGGGCGGAUGGAGGCAUCGUAGUUCAGGACUGCAUUGAGCUCAUCAACAACCUCCUCCGCUCCAACACUUUGCUAGGCCAUGCACGGCUGAUGGACUCUCUGCUGGCUCUAGCCUUCGACCCACUAGUAAACUCUUCAGCGAUUCGGACGCAAGCGCUGAAGGCGUUGGGAGGGUUGGUGCUGGGGCAUGCAGCGAAUCGGGAGGAGCUGGGGAGUAAGCUGAUUAGCAGGUCUGAUCCGACCACGUUUCUGUAUCGGGAUGCUGGGUGGGGGCCGAGGAAAGGGAGGAGGGGAGGGGGAGGAGGAGGGGAGGGUGGGUGGGGAGAGGAGGAGGAUGGAGAGGAGGAGGAGGAGUUGUUGAGGGGGGCGGGGGAGGAGAUGGAGCCGGCGUUGCACUGUGUGCUGCGGGUGGCUCUGAGAGCGAGUACCAUGAGGGAGAGCUCUGCUGCUGACUAUGUGAUUCGAUGCUUCUGUGAGGGCAACAGCGAGGGGCAGACCAUGCUGGCCUCCACCAUCACACCCCUGCCUCAAGGAGUCGCUGGCAAGGGCAAGCGAGGAGGAGGUGCAAUGGGGCCUGACGCGGCUGAUGAUGCGGCAAACCUUACGUUUGGAGGCAUCUUGGUGCGGGCGCUGAUAGCAGGGCAGAGCGAGCAAGCCCUAGAAGCCAGCUGCAGGGCAGCCAGCGUGCUCUCGCACCUCCUCACGGGCAACUCAGCAGCAAAAGAGCGAGUGCUGCGCAUCCCCUUGCAGAUCCCCACCUCCGCCCUCGCCCCUCCUGAACUCCUCAUGCCCCGCAUCAUGCGUUACCUCGCUGCCGCCGCCGCCCCUCCCUCUCCCCCCCUUCCCACUUCCUCACACCCGCACUCGCACCACCAAUCUUCCUCUUCCCACUCCCUCUACUCCUCGUUCGCCUCGUCGUUUUCCUCCUUCUCCUCCUCCCCCUCCUCUUCCUCCUCCUCCUCCUCCCCGUCGGCCGUCUGGCUUCAACCCGUGCUGCUCCGCCUGCUGCUGACGUGGCUCUCCGACUGCCCGCCAGCUGUCGCGGCCUUCCUCGCGCCGCCCGGCCACCUGCCGUUCCUCGUCGGCCUCGUCAGCGCCGCCAGCUCAGCAGCAGCAGCCGCCGCGCUGCCAGGUGGCGGCACGGGAGAGGACGGGGAGGAACACGGGGGAUCAAGCCGUGGAGGAGGGUACGGGGAUGGGUAUUCUGACGGGUAUGACGCAGCAGGUGACCGGAAACGAAGCGGAGGAGGAGUGGGGGGAGAGGUCGACGGGAGAGGGGCAGACGAGGCAGCAGGAGCAGCAGGAGGAGCAGGAGGGGGGGUGGCGGUGCAUGUAGGAGGACUAGCCUCUCUCGUCCUAGGCGCCUGCGUGGUUUUCAACGACAACACAGGCCCCACAGACGCCGCCACAGUGGUGGAUAUCAUCACGCAGCGCAUCGGCCUGGCUGCUUUCUUUGCCCGUAUAGAGGACUUGAAGCGGGACCCGUACUUCCUUGCAGGGGGGGCGGGACCGCGGUCGCCGAAACCCCUUACGAGAACCACUGCUGCUGCAGAGGCAGCAGGUGGGGGUGGGGGAGGCGGGGCGGGUGGAGCAGGGGUGGGUAAGUCUGGGGAAGGGGGCGGCAGCAGCAGCGGUAGCAAACACAGUGAGAUGACAGAGGAAGGUGGGGCAGGCUCUGCUGCCACCUCUUCUGCUGGUGCUGGGCUUGCAGCAGCAGCAAGUCGCGUGCCAGCUGUUCCUAGCGCAUCAAGUCUGGAUUUCGAGCCGCCCAUUGCCUCGUUUUAUGAUCGCGAGUUUGUGCGAUCGGUGCUGGUGCUGGAGGAGGCAGUGCGAUUGAGAGUGGUGCAGCUGUUUUCGAUGCCGAGAGGCGGGGGUGGGGAGGGGGGAGGAGGGGGAGAGGGAAGCAUGGAUGUGAACCGAAAGGAUGGAGAGAGUGAGGGGGAGUAUGCAGGGAGGCUGAGAGCAAUGCUUCAGUCGCAGCAUCAGGAGCUUCAGGUAGGGUUCCCCUCUAGCCUUUUCACCGCAUUCCACUCCUGUCAUAGCCACUUGAAACCAUCUGCAGCUCCACGUAACUACUUUUGCACCCAUCUGGCUCCUCAUGCACCUCCCUCUCCCUUUCUCUUCCCCCCCACAGCACCUGCACAGUCACAACGUGGCCCUCGCAAGGGAUGCGAUGCACCUCAACUCCCACCAAACUCCCCUUCCUCCCUCCCCCCACAGCACCUGCGCAGUCGCAACGUGGCCCUUGCGAAAGACGCCAUGCAACUCGCUCCACAAUCCCCCUCCUCUGACACCGGUGCCAGCGACCAGUCACAGGCCGCCACGUCAGCGGACGGCGCGGGCGGCGCCGGCGCAGCGCCAACUCACGCUGAGCUGGAAUCCGCCCGGCGCCAGCUGGCGGAGGCGGAAGGGAGCGUGGCGACGCUUCGAGGGGAGCAAGAGACACUCAUGGGAGAACUUAUGCAGGUUCGGCAAGUGGCAGCAGGCAAAGAAGCAGACUUGCAGGCUCUAUCCAUGGCCUACCACAGUUUAGAGCAGGAGAAUCUCAGACUAGAAGGGGAGGUCAAAACCCUCCAAUCCACCACUGAAAGUCUCCGAGCCAGCCUAGCUUCGGCCGAAGCUGCUGCCGCAGCCGCAGGUUCGGGCGGUGCUGCAGGUGCAGGAGCAGGCUCGGUGGUGCCCGAAUCUGAGGUGGAGGAGCGGGUGGAAGCGGCUCGGCAGGAGGCUCGGGAGGAGGCUCAGCGGGAGAGUGAGACAGAAUUGAAUGAUUUGCUGGUGUGUUUGGGGCAAGAGGAGAAGAAGGUGGAGGUGUUGAGAGGGAGGCUGGUUGAACUUGGGGAGGAUGUGGAUGCUUUGAUGGAUGGAAUAGUGGAGGGAGAGGAGGGGAGCGGGGAGGAGGAGGAGGAGGGGUGA